AAAACAUUUCAUCAAACUAUUAUUUUUAAUCGCACUAACCGGCAGUGUACUUGGCAAACCCGUCAAUUUCAAAGGAACACACCUCUCCUUGAUCUCUCUCUCUCUCUCUCUCUCUCUCUCUCUCUGUAUUCUCACUUCGCUCUCAAAUCCUCAGAACACAGAGAACCAAGGAGAUGCCGGCUUUAUUUAUUCUCACUUGCUCUUCUGUGUUUGCUACCGCUCUGAUAUGAUAAAAGGUCGUCUUCAAUCUCCACUUGGGUCACAUUUGGUCUUUUGCUGCACAUUCUAAUAAAAAAACAUUUUGUUCUUCCAACAAGAUCUGUGGCUGUACAUCUGUUGUUCUGCAUAGCAAUUAGAAGUUUAAAAAGGGUGGAAGUUAGUGUUUUGGGGACUUAUUGGAGCAAAGUUUGUGACUUUUGUUUCUGGAUUGGGUUUUUGGUGUAAUGGAGCAAGGUACAACAUCAAACUCAGUUCCAGCAGCUGAGCCUAUUGAUAAGUCUAGGAUCUUGGAUAUAAAGCCCAUGAGAUGUUUAGUUCCAGUAUUUCCAUCUGCAAAUGGGAUGUCAGCAAGCGGUGCUCCCCAACCUUCACCCUUUACUUGUGUUCCUCCAUCUGGUCCUUUCCCUCCUGGAGUUGCUCCUUUUUACCCAUUUCUGGCUCCAAAUGACUCGGGUAGACAAACUGAGCAAACUCCAUUUGGUUUUACUCAGCCUAUUUCCCCUGUUCCUUUGAACUCAUUCAGAACUCCGAUGUCAAAUGGUGAUACUGGGAGGUCAAGGAGGACCACAAGAACUGUUGUAGAAGAUGAUGGUUAUAGUGACCAGAGUGAUCAGUUUGACUUUGGCGUUCAUGUGAAUGAUGUUGAAGACACCAGUACUGCGAGGAAAAGGGGAAGACCUUCGAGAAAGACAAGGAGACAUGCCCAUCAAGGUGAACCACCUGCUGAGGUGGACUAUGAACCUAUUCUACAUGGUUUCCUUGAAUCAUUUAAACUAACUGAAAUAGAUAUGUUUAAAAAAGCUGAUGGUGACAAGGAUCUAGUUGGACGCAUAUUAUUGGUUUAUGAUUUGUUCCGAAGAAAGAUGACCCAAAUUGAAGAGAUGAAAGACCCAUCUCCAGGAUCUGCCAGACGUCCAGACUUGAAGGCUGGGACAAUGUUGAUGACGAAAGGAGUUCGUUCGAAUCAGACAAAGAGGGUCGGGAAUGUACCCGGGAUUGAAGUUGGUGAUAUCUUCUUUUUCAGGAUGGAGUUAUGCGUGGUUGGAUUACAUUCUCCAAGCAUGGCUGGAAUAGAUUAUAUGAGUGUCAAGUUAUCUACGGAUGAUGAGCCUAUUGCUGUCAGCAUAGUCUCAUCAGGUGGAUAUGAUGAUGAGGGGGAUGAUGGGGAUGUGCUAAUUUACACUGGCCAGGGUGGAGUACAGAGAAGGGAUGGACAAAUGUUUGAUCAGAAACUUGAAAGGGGAAAUCUUGCUCUGGAAAAGAGUCUGCAUCGUGCCAACGACGUAAGAGUUAUUAGGGGUGUGAAGGAUACUUGGACUACUGGGAAGAUUUAUGUCUAUGAUGGUUUAUACAAAAUUCAGGAGUCAUGGGCAGAGAAAAAUAAGUCUGGAUGUAAUGUUUUCAAGUACAAAUUGGUUAGAACACCUGGACAGCCUGAGGCUUAUGUCUUGUGGAAAUCAAUUCAGCAAUGGAAGGAUGGUAUUAGUUCAAGGACUGGGGUCAUCCUUCCAGACCUAACUUCUGGUGCGGAGAGUCAACCAGUUUCUCUAGUAAAUGAUGUUGAUGAUGAGAAGGGACCUGCUUAUUUCACAUACAUUUCAACUCUUAAAAACCCAAAGCCCUACGAAAUGCCUAGUCAUUCUUUCAGCUGUCAUUGUCAUGGUGUAUGCCAGCCUGGGGACUCCAACUGCUCUUGUAUCCAGGGAAAUGGAGGUUUUCUGCCUUAUAAUGCACUAGGGGUUCUCUUGACCUACAAGGCUUUGAUACAUGAGUGUGGUCCAUCCUGCCCUUGCCCUCCCAAUUGCCGAAAUCGAUUAUCUCAAGCAGGCCUUAAGGUCCGGCUCGAGGUCUUUAAAACAAAGAACAGAGGUUGGGGACUUAGGUCCUGGGAUCCUAUUCGUGGAGGUUGUUUUAUCUGUGUGUAUGCCGGAGAAGUCAUUGAUGCAUCUAGGUCAGAUGAAUUUGGAAUUGAUAGCGAAGAUAAUUAUAUAUUUGAUGCCUCCCGGAACUAUCAGCCGUUGGAAAAGGUACCUGCUGAUAGUGGUGAUUCUGCCAAAGUCCCAUUUCCUCUUGUUAUAAGUGCAAAAAACAAUGGGAAUGUAGCUCGGUUCAUGAACCAUAGUUGUUCACCCAAUGUGUUCUGGCAGCCAGUUGUACGUGAAAGUAACAAUGGUGCUUUUUACCAUAUUGCCUUUUUUGCCAUCAGGCAUAUACCUCCCAUGCAGGAAUUAACCUUUGAUUAUGGGAUGGUUCGGUCUGAUAAAGCAGAGCAAAUGAGGAAGAAGUGCUUGUGUGGAUCAUUAAACUGCAGAGGAUAUUUUUACUAGUCAUCAACCUGGAGUUAUGGGGGUUCUACAUAUCUAAUAUAUCCUUUGCAUAAAGAUGACAGGAAAAAGUUCCAGCAAUGCCCUGAUACAUGGCCCGGAAAUGUUGUAUUAUGUAGGUCUAUAGACAAAAAUGGUAGCGGUUGUUUUUGUGGCAGUAGCUUGUAGGCUUGCCGGAACUAUGUAUUUUAUGUAGCUUUUGCUGAUGACUAAUAUAUUAGGAUUGUAUCAUGUAGCACAGAACUCCAUUGCACAGAGUUCUUGCUUGGAUUUUUAAUCUCUCGCCCUCUUCGGCUAGGCAUUGUAACUUUUGCAAGACCGUUUUGUUUAUCAUGGGAUUUGUUAGUUAUCCGACUCGCAGUCUUGUUUUCCCUAA